GAAAUCUGAGCCACAAUCAAAAGAGGUUCAGCGGCGGAAGCAUCGUUUUGGUUCUUGCGGCGCAUCAAAAAGAGAAGAGCAAAGAAAAGAGAGGCCGGCUCGGCGAAACGGAGCGUGCAUGGUCCCGGGUUUUGAUCGGUCUCCAGUGGGAGUCCCGCUCAGUUGUGGAGCUCCUGGCGUGGGUUCCUGGAGGGCGGUGGCUCGCGGGAGGUGGGGAGGCUUCUCUUGUCAGAGCGGCAAGUGAAACGGAGGGGUGGGGAUGGGUUAGCCAGCUCUGAGAGACCAGGCUGGCUGGUUCCGUGCACACCACACUCGCCGAGGAAGGGUUACUGGAGGGAGGUCGGGGCAUUGGCCAGCCUGGAUGUCUGGAGAGGCUCGGGGGAGCCUGGCAUUAACAGGCACCUCUGCGGGUGAGAGAGGGAACGCGAGAGAGGCGCUAGGAGAGGGGAGCCGGGCAGGAGCAGCUGGGAGGAUGAAGGAAAGCUGCCGGAUUUGUGGGCGGGAGCUCUGUGGCAACCAGAGGCGCUGGAUAUUCCACACUGCUGCCAAGCUCAGCUUGCAGGUUUUGCUGUCCCACGUCCUGGGCAAGGAGAUCUCUCGCGAUGGGAAAGCCGAGUUUGCUUGCAGCAAGUGCGCCUUUAUGCUGGAGCGCAUCUAUCGCUUUGACACAGUCAUUGCCCGCAUUGAAGCGCUCUCUAUUGAGCGUCUGCAGAAGCUGCUGCUGGAGAAAGAUCGCCUCAAGUCUUGCAUCGCCAGCAUGUACAGGAAGAACAACGAAGACGUUGGUGACGAUGUGGUAGAAGUGUCCAGCCUGCCGGAUGUCAGAUACACAGCCAUGCUUCAGGAAGAUUUUGCUUAUUCAGGGUUUGAAUGUUGGACAGAACUGGAGGAUCGUGUUGUAGAACCACAUACCUGCCAUGCUGUGGAAGGUAUGGGCAACCGUCCUAGGCGAUGUCGAGGCUGUGCUGUGUUGCGUGUAGCAGAUGCUGACUAUGAGGCGAUUUGCAAAAUACCACGAAAAGUGGCAAGGAGUAUUUCCUGUGGCCAAUCUUCUAGGUGCUCUGCUAGCAUUUGUAAUGAAGAAUCACCUGUGUGUGAACCAGUAACUGCUGAUCUGCCAAGUAGCAAGGAACCUUUGGAUGGAGAAAGCAUGGAAGAAACAACCCCUGGAUCAUCUCUUGAAUCAUUGGAUACAACUGUGGCAGCCAGUCCUUUGCUUCAGAAGGAUGAGGAAACAGAUACGGAGGUCAAGAAAGGUGGGAAGUGUGACUAUUGUGUAGGCGAACGCAUCCUCCACAACUUGCCACUGCACAGAAACAGGCUGGACAUUGCUCUUAGUCUGGUCAAAGCUUUUGAUUGUAAACCGGUCCAGAGUCCUAGGGGGAGCAAGCUGCCUAUUCCAGUGAGGUCAAGUCCCCUUUGCCAGGAUCUGAUGGAUAAAAGCACUUAUCCUGGUUUCCUAAACCUGACUGUGAAGUCUCCUUCUGGAUCUGCCUUAGCCUUUCCCUUGGAGAUGUCUGACCUUCAGGAAUUGUGGGAAGACCUUUGUGUGGAUUAUAUUCCACUUCAAGUUAAGGAUCUGUGCAAGAAUCAGCAGCAACUGACUCAGUGUGACUCUUCCCCGAGUGAACAAACAACUGAACUAAAUAAUGCAGAACUUCUGGAAAAAAUCAGCCACUUCAGUGCUACCAAUAAGCAGCUGCAAGAAAAACUGAAUGAGGUGAGUUUUGAAUUGAAGACUGUCCAGCAUGCAUCCCGGAAACAGGAUCACAAAAUCCAAAACUUGAAUGAGUCCUUGAAGAGCAAAGAGAGUGAGUCUGAAGAACUGUAUCAUGUAAUUGAGAAACAGAAUGAGACAAUAGCCAAGCUGCGAGAGAUGUUGCAGAGAAGCCAGCUUGGACAAAUGCAGAUCUCAGAGGGCUCUUCCUCAUUUCAGCAGAAGCAGCAAAUAGCACUACUUGAUAUGCAGAACACACUUUUCUUCACUCAGCUGGAAGUGCAGCAACUGAAGAGGACUCGGCAGCAAAAGGAUCGCCAGCUGGCUGAGGCCAGGAGAACUGCCCAGUUUCUAGAGACAGUGUUGCAAGAGGAACAGCACCAGAAAGAGGAGGCAUGGAAACACAAUCGGGAGUUGCGUGCUACUCUUCAGCAGUUACAAGUAGAGCUUCAGAACAAGAACUGGCAAAGCUGUACUUUGGAGAGGGAGAAAUUCUUGGAGAUGCACAGACAAGAGCAGAAAAUUAAGCAUUUGGGCCAUAACCUGGCUUGGAAAGAACAGCUUCUGCAGGAGUCUAAGGAACUUCUACAAUAUCAUCAAAAUGUGGACAAGAACCCCAUAUCAGCAGAUCAUAUGGUACAGAAAUUGCAACAGCGAAUUAAAGACAGAGAUGCUGCCCUGGAGCGAGCAGUAGAUGAAAAGUUUUGCCUGCUUGAAGAGAGAGAACAAGAGAUGCAGCAGCUUCGUUUGUCUGUGAGAGACCGAGAGUGUGACCUAGAAGGUCUGCGCCGAGUCCUCUUCAGUAAUGAGGCUACCAUUCAGGGUCUGGAGAGCUUGCUGAAAGCCAGGGGCCUAGAACUAGAGCAACUAUCUGCAACCUGCCAGAACUUGCAGUGGCUGAAAGAGGAAAUGGAAGCAAAAUCCCACCACUGGCAGUCAGAGCAAGAGGGUAUCAUCCAGCAGCUGCAGACAGCUCUGCAUGACAGGAACAAGGAAGUGGAAGCACUUUCAGCAACACUGCUGUGCAAGUUGGGGCCUGGGCAGAGGGACAUUGUGGAAGAGAUGUGCCUCCGCCUUCAGCAGAAGGAGCAGAUCAUCCAAGAACUUCUGAGUGACAAAAGCCAGCAAACUGUACAGCAAGAGGCUGAGCUUCAGGAAUUGCUUCAAACUAUGAGCACCAGAGAGCAACAAAGUCGUAUAUCUUCUGAGAAGAUGGCACAAGCUCUAAUAGAAAGGAGCUGUGAGUUGCAAGUCCUGCGCCAGCAACUGGUGGGCCAGACUCCUCGACAGGAAACGGAGGCUUCCAAGACUCAACUCCUACAGAAGGACCAGUCUGAAGCAUUGAAGCAAGGAAUCUCUGGUGAGAGUACCACUGCUAUGAUCUCCAAGGAAGAAGACAGCAAGUCCAAGGUGGAGAAAGGCAUUUUGGAAACAACUGUUGGACUUGAGGAUCAGCUCAUUCAUGCCAAAGAGGAGCUUGAACUACUGAUGCGAAAAGAACAGGAAAGCAGGCUGGAACUUUCUGCUCUUCAGUCUGUGGUGGCUUCCCAGGAGGAAGAACUGCAAGUUCAAGCCUCUGAUGUUGAAUCGCUUACUAGGAGCAUCCAGAUCAAAGAAGAACUUAUAAAGGACUUGCAGAUGCAGCUGGUUGAUCCUGAAGAAAUGCCAGCAAUGGAGCGGCUUACCCAGGAAGUUUUGAUACUUCAGGAAAAGGUAGCAAGAGUGGAAUCACAAGGGCAGGAAGCCACAGGAAGCAGAAAACUGCAGCUGCUGCUUGUGUUGGAGAGAUUAGCAGCAGAGAAGAAUCAACUGAAUGAAGCUCUGCAAGCAGAAAAGCAGCUCUAUGAUACUCUGGUGAAAUUUCACACUCAUCCUGACAGUUCUGGGCAAGAACAGACUCUGCAAGUGGAGCUCGAGAGGAUCCAGGCAAUCCGUGGACAACUGGAAGAGGCUCUUGAAAGAAGUCUGGAGCGCCUGACCAGGCUGGAUUCACUGGAUAGCAUUGGAGGUCCAACAGUUACUGAGGAUGCUGAGGAUGCCAGCACUGAGUUCACAGACAGCAUUGAGGAGGAGGCACAAAGAGUUGCUGAGCAGCAGAGCAUUAAGGGAGGUCCUGAUGACAGCCUGGUGGGCCAUUCCAGCUGUCCUGCUCCAGCCUCUUUGGCACAGGAAAUCAUUCUGCAGGAGGAACUGCUUUCUGCAAAAUCUGAGGUUCAGCAAGUUCUUGAGAAGAAGAAGAAGCUGGAAGAGGAGUUACACAAUCUCAAGGGGCAGAUUGAGGAAGCUGGGUUCUCCUCAGUGUCUCACAUCAGGAAGGCCCUACUGAGCCUGUGUCUAGAGAAUGCGGAGCUCAAGGAACAGAUUGGAGAAGCAACGUUGUCAGAGGGAUGGGAGAAUGAGGAUGAAAAGGAGGAAGAAGAGGACUUGAGGCUGGAAGUCAGGAAGCUGCGGGAGAAGCUGCACACUUCAGAGAUUUUGAUUGGCCUUCUCAAAGAACAGCUGACUCUGAACAACCCAGGAGGCGAAGACAUCUGCAAGCCCCAACUCACUGCUAGCAUGGCUCAGAUGAUUGAACAGCUGCGGAUGGCUAAGCAGGGCACCUCCCAGGGGAUUCUCCACAAUGAUGUCCCACAAUGGCACUGCCCACAGCUCCAGUCUGAGGACUUCAGCCCAUCCCACACCCCCGCAGGGACUCAGGUGGGAGGCGGCGGCUUUUGGCAGCAGUUUACGGUACCAGGCCAGCAGCUCCACUCAGAGCUGCCUCAGUGCAGACAACAAUGUCACAAGCUGCGAAACAAGCUCCUGGUUUCAGAGGCUACCAUCCAGGCUCAGACAGCACAGCUGGAACAGUACCGGACUCUGCUCAGUGAGCCCGUGGUACAGCAAGACAGCAAACAGAUACAAGUGGAUCUCCAGGACCUGGGCUAUGAGACUUGUGGGAGAAGUGAAAAUGAGGCUGACAGAGAAGAGGCCACUAGCCCUGAAUGCGAAGAACAUGAUGGAUUCAUGAAAGACUCAAAGUUGUGGAAGAAGCUUCUGGGCUCCCAUCCAAGCAGGCUAAUGACAUACAAGGCACUCAUGGACUGCAGCCAAUGUGAUGAUGCAGCCCUCCUCCGCCAGCAUAUCCAGGACCUCAAGGUCCAGCUGCAGAGCUCCCACAGAACCAUCCAGAAUCUGCAGAGCUGUGUGCACUCCAUGUCUACUACCAGUGACUUAGGGGGCAAGGACUCACUAAAGUUGAAAGAGAGCUAUACCAUGGGCAGCUCCCCAUCACACAGUGCGACAGAUGAAGAUGAGGGCUGGCACUCUGAUAGCUUUGGGUAUUUCUGCCCUUCAAGCCUCCAACCCAACAAAGACCUGGCCAGGCUCAUCAAGAGAGUGUCCCUGCUUGAGGCUCAUCUAGGCAAAGCCAAGCCAAAAGUGUCGUUGCCAAAGGAGCUAAAACCCAUUGUAUCAAUGGGGAAAUAUGACUCAUUGGUCCAAGCUCAGGCUCGAGAGCUCUCCCAUCUGCGCCAGAUGAUGCGGGAUGGACAAGGGGUGUGUCAUAUGCUGAGCCAACACUUCAGUGACACUAUCAAGUCCUUUGAGGAGCUCCUGCGAGGCACCGACAUUGAUUACUUCCUGGGGCAGAGCUUCCGUGAGCAGUUGGCCCAGGGGAACCAGCUGGCAGGACGACUGGCCAGGAAACUGAACAGUAAGAAUGACCUAAAUACGGAGGACAAAUCUGGUCAGGAACUGAUCACUCUGAGGCUAAGCAAAGAGCUCCAGGAGAAGGAGCAAAUCAUCAAGAGUCUCCAAGCAAAGCUUCACACGCGCUCAGUGACGCCUUCUAGUAGCCACACCAUAUCUGAGUCAUCUCGUUCUGGCAGCAGCACUUCCUUCCUCUCUGAUGGUCUGGAGGGCUGCUCGGACAUGGAUGAUGUCAGUGACUCCAUUUGCUACCAGGAGAACCUUAGUGAUGGCCAGUCCCACGACCUUCUUGACACAGAUCUUGGCAGUUGUUCUGGCAAGACUUCUGCCCAACCAUCUCACCCAUCCCAUGCUACUAUCGCCCACUCUGCUCCAUCAGAAUCCAUGCAAAGGCACCUAAUUCUGCCUCCUCCUCAGCAUCCCUCUCAGACUGCCAGCCAGCCUUCUGGAGGCUUUCAUCCUGACUCCUUGUCCAAACCAGCUAGCUUCUCUUUGGCUCCAUUUGCCUCAGGGGGCUGCUCUUUCCCGCCUUUUGCGCCUCCUCCAGCCCAUACUCCACUUCUUGGCUACUGCAGAACACCGGCCUUCUCACUGGCCGAGGCACAGCAAGAGUUGCAGAUGCUGCAGAAGCAGCUAGGAGAAAGUGUAAGCCUCCCAGCACUGUCGUCAGCAAAGCCAGAGUCUCUGGCUAGCCCUUUUUCUGCAGGCAGCCCUGCUUUCUCUUCCAAGCACUGCCUCCAGGCCUGCCAUUAUGUUCCUGAGUCAUUUCCUCUGCAUAAUUCUGCCACGUGGAACAGGAAACCUAGGGAGACCAUGGGGAAGAACAGGCCCUCCUGGAAUAUGCCUCAUUUCAGACAGCCUCAAGAGGGACUUACUUGUGGAAGUCUGCCAUCGUGCUCCUCAGCAAACAUCUCUAGUCAGCAGCUUUCAGGUGCUGAUUUACUAGAGGAGCAUUUGUCUGAGAUCCGGAUACUGCGCCAGCGCCUGGAGGAGUCCAUCUGCACCAAUGAUCGCCUGCGGGAGCAGCUGGAGACCCGUCUGGCCUCUGUGUCAAAAAGCAAUGGGUCAUCUUCUAACAUCUCUGCCCAAGGGCUGGAGGCUGCUUCCCAGCUUCCCAGCAAGUCCCAGGCCCUGCAAGAGGAUAACAAGAGUCUGCAGCUUCAGUUCCAGCUCAGUCGCCUGGCUGCAGAUCUGAAGGAAGCUCUACAUGUGUCUCAUUCAAAACUGCGUGAUGGAGAGGUUGAACUGGAAGAGCAGCGGGCUAAGCAGCAGCGGCUGCAGGAGGAGAUCUGGGGCAAGCAGCAGGAUCUUGUACAGCUCCAGGAGAAGUGUCUGACUCUGCAAAAGAACAAUUCCAGACUUCAACAAAGAGUGCUGUCGCUUCAACAGCAGUGUGAGGAAAAUCAACUGCUCUUCCAGGCCGUACAGUCUGAAUUAUGUGUCUAUGAAGCGUUGUGUGGCCCACAACAGAAGGCAACCUCAGGGGCAUAUCCAGAAGAUUUCCUCUUGCUGGCAAAUGAUGGCAACAAGCUGGGUGCCCAUGUUAUAGGCCACCUCAAGGACUGGAGCACCCUCAGGCAACAGAUCUUGGAGGGCAAGACUCUGAUUCACAAGAUGGAAUCAAACAUGCAGGCAGAUCUGGAACUACAGGGGAGCAAGGUCUUCCAUCAAGGAAGCAUCAGGCAACUGCUUGCCAACACUAGUUCCUUGCACCGGAUCCUGGAGAAGUCAGCCUUCCUCUUGGCAAUGUUCUGGAGAACAACCUUUCCUGUGCCUCACCUCUCUGCUCAAGUCCAGCAGACAGAGCAAGCAAUGCAGGAGGAGAUCCAGGAACUGAGAGCCAGAGUGGCUGAGCAAGAGAGCUACCUACAGAGCGCUAGCCAAACAAAGGAGAAAAUGGAGAACUUUAUCCUCACCCACUUGACCAGGACAUAUGAUGUACUGAGGAAAGCAAGGACUAACCUGCAGGGGAUGUCCAGCAGCCUACACCCAUCAUGUGACCAUGUCCUUGCAUAAGCCAUGAAAGAAACUGUCAUGAAGCUUCAGGAGCAGAAGAAAGAAAACCAGCUCAUACUACAGUUUCUCCUUCCUUCCUGGCCAGAUAUUAGAAAUGGCCUGUUGUUGAUUAAGACAUCUGUUUCCUCAUCAAACUCAGGUUUUGUUGUGAAAUCCAACCAUUAUCUUGCCUACAAACUUUGUUUUAGUGUAGCCUAACUUCACUGAAGGGAUCCCAGUGGAAGCAGGAGUAUCUCACAAAUAUGCUCUCUCGACAACUUCCCAGUGUGCUCCAGAGUGACUCCACUGCCAGCCAUCUGGCUAGAAUGUGUGUUGAAAUGUUGUAACCAUCAAUGCAAUAUUAGAUGAAGACUAUACUACGGACUUGUGUGUUGCUGCCGGAGAGAAGUGUUUUCUCAAAAUUGUUUCCUCCGGGUUGGCUCCAAUGCUCCCAUAGUCUGACUUAGGGAGACCAGAUGUUUGGGUGAGGCUUACUAUCAGUUCUAGCAUUCUCCCACCCAAGUCAAUUUAUUUAUGCUGUUCAGUUCUAGAUCAGGGUGUGUCAUGUCCCAUUAAAGCUCUACUUACCUUGCUUCAGAGAAACACAGCCUUGAUAUAUAUUCUUUGCAAGUGUGAUUGUACAGUAAAGAUCAGUGGGGAAUGGGGAUGGCAAGGCUCUCUUAGCCCUAGCUUCACUGUACUCUCCAAGUACACAUUUAUUUUUAAGGUGACUUCUCAAGUAGGUAUUCCACCCCAUGUCCCAGGGGUUGUUUCCAAAAUUGCUCGCAUACCCUCUGCAAGAUUUAUUGUAAUUGUUGUUGGAAGGAUAGUGUGGACAUCAGUUUGUAUGUAAUUCACACUAGAACCAUUUGGAAAGGGGGUUCAAAAGGCCCCCUUAUAGCCUUACCAGUCCACUGGAGGAGUAUGUGAAGGGCUGAAGAAGAAGAAGAGGUGGACCUUAGCUCACACUCCUCAAAAGAAAGAAAGCAUUUUUUUCUUUUGUAAACUGAAUUCCAAAUAAAGAUGGUGGUUGUUUUUUAAA